AAUACGUCAGAGGAAGUAAAGCGACACUCAAACAAGCUAGUGAACUUCUAGUCGACUGCAUCGGAUAAACACGCAAUUAACUUAUGUGGUGACUCAGUAAGAUUCGCUACACUGCAACGACGAAAGAGUGUGAAAAUGUCUGCAAGGGCCACGGCAAAGUACGUGGAGGAAAAGAACCGUACUCGUCGACGACUGGAAGAUCUUGGGCUGCAGCCUUAUGUUGUGUUACGCAGAGCUGACGUCAGUGAAGCUAUUCGUCCUAAGCAGCAGGAGCCCGAGCUCACGCACAUUAAAGAGGAGGAAGAUGUGGGCAAAGAGGUCCACCACUUGAAUGAACAAAUGCAGCAGACGUUUCUUUGCACCGUAAAGAAGGAGGAAGAGCCGGAGUGGCCUUGUAUCAAAGAGGAGGGAGAAGACUCCUAUGACAUUAAAAAGGAGGAAGAGGAGAUGCCAUUGACUGGUGUCCCUUUAAAGAGUUUUGAUGAGGUGAGCAAAGGGGCGGAGCCUCCAAGCUGCAGCUCAAGUCUACAAAUGACCCGAGAAGGUGAUGCAGACCGCUGUGGAGGAUCACAAGGAGCUCCACCUUCAGAUAGUGAUGACGUGUCGUCACAUGCUCCUGCUGAUGAUGAUGAGUCUCAACAGAAACACAGGCGAUGUUCUCAGUGUGGGAGAUGUUUUGUUAAUACCAGUGUUUUGAAGCAACACAUGAGAAUGCACGCAGGAAAGAAAAACUUUUCAUGCUCAGUUUGUGGCCAAAGAUUUUCAGUGAAAACAAACUUAAAAAGGCACACAAAAAUCCAUACUGGUGAGAAACCUUUUUCAUGCUCAUUUUGUGGCCAAAGAUUCUCUGAGAAGGCAACUUUAACAAGUCAUACAAGAAUCCACACUGGUGAGAAACCAUUUUCAUGCUCAGUUUGUGGCCAAAGAUUUAGUCAGAAAGGACAUCUAAUAAUUCAUACAAGAAUCCACACUGGCGAGAAACUUUUUUCAUGCUCAGUUUGUGGCCAAAGAUUCAAUCGUAAAGGACAUCUAACAGUUCAUACAAGAACACACACUGGUGAGAAACCUUUUUCAUGCUCAGUUUGUGGCCAGGAAUUCAGUGAUAAGAGAAACUUAAAACGUCAUGCAAGAAUCCACACUGGCGAGAACCCUGUUGCCUGCUCAGUCACUUGCCAAAAAGUUUCUAUUGAGAAUUCUGAAUUCUUUGGGGAGAUGAUCAAUGCUCCGUGAAGUUUCCAUCUUCUAUUUGAGCAAAAUCAUGAGUUUUUGCAUCAAUGGUAAUUCUAUCCAAUGUACCUUUUGAUUGGGAUGCUAAACUUUUUUCCUUCACUACAGUGAGAAGUUCAUAUUUUAGUCGUACUGAAAUUGAGAAUAUAGUUAACCGGCCUCGGGAUGAUAAUUGUCAUACUUGAUGUUUAUUUAGUUUUGAGUUGUGGAUGUGAACUGAAAUUAGUUCUAUUUCAUAUGAAGUGAAAGUUGUUUUGGUUUUAUUAGUGUUUAGGAUUUAGUUUUGUUCAGCUUUUCUUGUUAAGCUUUUUGUCCCCAUAUUUGUCAAGACUUGUUAAGAAGAGAAAUCAGAGCAAGCAAGACACUCUUUUUUUUCUUGCGCUUGUGAAUGGUAUUGAAUGAUGACACGCGUCAUGUGAUAUAUCUUAAGAAAUGGAGAUCCAUGAGAUGUGAGUAAUUCCCAACAUUUUAUGACACAAGUAAGCUAAGUAUCAUAAAUAAAUAAAAUAGAUAGAUAAAUCAUUUGAGACCAUGGCAUCAACCUCAAAAGUUGAAAGCUCUCUGGCUGGUUAACACUAGUGUCGAACAACGCGCACGACAAACGCGCGCUAGUAUGUUAUUAAAAAGUAUUCGCCAUUGGUAUUUUGUUAAACGUCCACAAAAUGGUUUUAUUGUUUUGCACGCAAUAUUGGUUUGAGAUUGAAUCCAUUAGGGACGAGAUCAAGAAUACAAUUCCAAUCGCUCGGUCGAGCCCGCCGUUUACCAACGCUGAUGAUCAUGCAACAACCCUCUCAAAUUUUAAAAGCGUGUCCCUUGAAAGGCUUACACAAUUGGUUAGUGCGGCUAAACAAACAUGUUUACUCAACCCUCUUCCAGCCAAACUACUUAAAGAAUUAUUUUAGGACCGUCCGUCUUAAAUAUAAUCAAUCUGUUUGUCUGUCUCCUCUGGGAUAGUGCCAACAGCCUAUUAUUAAACCGUUACUUAAGCGACCAAAUCUUGACCCGGACUGUCUCAGUAAUUAUAGGCCAGUUUCAAACCUCCCAUUCAUAGCAAACCUUCUUGAAAAAGUAGUAGCGCAGCAGCUUAUUGAUUACACGGUCGCCAAUAAUUGAUACGACUCUUUUCAGUCUGGUUUUAGAGCUAAUCACUCCACUGAGACAGCACUUGCUAAAGUGACUAACGAUCUCCUCAUAACUGUGGAUUCAAACACUUCAUCUGUACUGUUACUACUCGUGGGUUAAUUCAGGAUAGGGGAACUGCAGCUCAACCUCCUCGAAGACACUGCCAGGAUAAUAGAGGGCUCCUCCGGCAGCCCUUCGCUCUGACUUGGACAUCCACUUUUUUUCAUUGAUUUUCAUAUUAUGUAUUAUUUUUGCCCUCUCUGCAUCCAUUUCAACCUGGUGAUCCUGAAAGGGGGAUCCUUCCAUCUGUGGUCCCUUCUCAAGGUUUCUCAUUUUCCCCUGGCAGGGGUUUUUGAGUUUUUCCUUGCCCUUUUGGGAGCUUAAGAUCAGGGGAUGCUUUGAAAAUAAUUGUCAAUUUUAGUCUAUGUGAAGCCCUUUGAGACUGCAUGUGAUUUAGGGCUAUACAAAUAAACUUGACUUGACUUGA